GUGUUUCCGGUGUCAUGUCAGCGUUCUGCCGAAGCCGCAUGGCUAGCUGCAGGUGCUGCUGUAUGUUUUGCUGCUCCAGCCAGGUACAGUGACGCAUAUUAAAUGCAACAAGACAUCAGAGAUGGCAGAAGUUGUACCAGAGAAAAGUCGUGGCUUGAAGUUUGCAGAGCAGCAGCUCCUGCGUCAUGGCUGGGAACACGGUAAAGGGCUGGGGCGAUCUGAGAAUGGCAUAUCAGAAGCUAUCAAGGUUAAAGUGAAAUGUGACAAAGGAGGGGUUGGUCAUAAGGAAGGGGAGCAGUUCACCUUCCACUGGUGGGAUCAUGUCUUCAAUAAGGCCUCCUCCAGUCUGCAGGUGGAAUCUGAUCAGAACGGUAUUCAGUUGAAGAAGACGGUAGAGGAAGAUGAAGAGGAUGGGACGAUCUCCAAUAAAAAGCCACGGAAAGCCACGCUGGCUAAAGCCAAACUUUAUGGAUGUUUUGUCAAGUCAGCCACGCUGCUGUCUGGUCAGGAGCAGCCAGAGCCGAAGUCCUCCAGCUCAGACGACAGCAGCAGCUCAGAUGAGGAGGACGACCAGAAAUUGGAUCUCUCCAGCACCACCAAGCUUUCUGAUGCUGAUCUAAUGAAGGCUUGUGGUGGACGCACGGCUCACAAAGGAGCCAGACACGGCUUGACAAUGAGCGCCAAGUUAGCCAGGCUGGAGCAGCAGGAGGCUGAGUUCAUGGCUAAGUAUGGCAAGAAGAGUGAACCAGCGAGUGCUUCAUCAGUUUGUGUUACACCAACUCCACCGACCUCCCAGCCAGCUGAGCAGAGCCCUGAGAGGCAGGAGGAGAUGAGCGAGGACUCUCACAGCAAGAAGAUGAAGAAGAAGAGGUCCACUGCGAGCGCUCAUGAGCUAAAUGGUGACGCAGUGUCUGAAAGUCCUGAAACAGAUGUUAAACCCAAAAAGAAGAAGAAAAAGAAAACUAAAGAGGACACUGAGGAAAUGACUGAUGCUGUUUCCACUGAGGGGAAUUUGAUCUGUGUAGAAAACGGUGAAGCAGACCACAAAACAAAGAGGAAACAUAAAAAGAGGAAAAACAGUGCAGACCAGAACGAAGAAGAAAGAUCACCUUCACCUGCAGCAGAGAGCAAGAGUUCAGAGGAGACUGCUGAGCUGCACACAGACACAACAGUGAAGAAGAAGAAGAAGAAGAAAUCCUCCAAACACCAGAGUGAACCUGCCGGGGAAGAGGAGAGUAGCAACACAGAACUCAGCCAAUCAGAGCCGGUCCAGGACUGCGCUUCAAAGACAAAAACGAAGAAAGCUGCGGUUACAUUGGAGGAAGCAGAAGUUCCAGAGAGUGAGGCAACCAGAAAGCAGAAAAGGAAAAAGUGUAAAAAAGACAAACUGUGUGUAGAUGAAGAUACAAACGAGGAGGCACCUCCUCCAAAGAAGAAGAAAAAGAAGAAGUCCAAAGAGUAAUGUUUGAUCAAAGCUGCUUUGGACACUGAUAAACAUUUGUGUCUUUGCUGAUUGAGAAAGUUAGUAUUAUCUUGAAUCAGCUCUGUUGAGUUCUGUGCCAGACAUGGACUUUAUGGAGGCUGUGCUCUCUGAUUAGAAGAGCUUGUUCAUGAAUUGAUAGAAUAUCCAACCCAGUUGGCAUUAUACAUUUCUGCAAACCACCAGAACGUUAAAUUUUUAGGUUUCGUAUGAUUCAUACCUCCAAAUCUGAGGCCUUGGUUCUCUGCAGGAAGCCAGUGGAUUGCCACCCCUGAGUAAGGAGAGAGUUUCUGCCUCAAGCGAGGGAGUUCAUGUAUCUCGGGGUCUUGUUCACGAGUGAGGGUAGAACGGAGCGUGAGAUGGAUCGGCGGUUUGGUGCAACUUCUACAGUGAUGCAAGUGCUGCACCGUACCAUUGUGGUGAAGAGGGAGCUGAGCCUGAAGGUGAAGCUUUGGAUUUACUGGUCCAUCUACGUCUCAACUCUCACCUAUGGUCAUGAGCUCUGGGUAGUGACUGAAAGAAUGAGGU